CUUGCUGCUCCAUCAGGUCUCGAUUUCACGAGCCUUGUCUCGACCCUCGACAACACAGCCUCCGAAAUCGUUGCCUACCAGCGAGACUCGACAGUACAGAGAAAAGACCUUGCGUCAAAGACCAAAGAAUUCCGAAAGCUGGAUGAUGCGAGCAAGCUUUCUGAAGUCAAGGGUUUGCUAAAGGCUUACCAGACGUUCAUUGAUCUUCUAACCAACCAUUCGAAAUCUGUCAACUCGGCCUUUUUGCACGCCUAUACCUCCCUAUCCGAAGCUCCCGAUCCGUACCCAUUGCUCGAGGCCUCGGUCGAUUCUAUGCUGGUGUCUGAAGACACCUUACCAAAGCUUAGUCAGGAGAACGAACACCUUCAGAAAACAGUGUCAAGCUUGACUGCCCAGCUCGAAGAGACCGAAACGAGACUGCAAACAGAGCGCGACUUGAGGAAGGGGUUGGAAGAGAACUUGGAGACCAAGGUCAAGGAGGUUGAGGCAUCCUGGACUGCGGUGCUGGAGGAGAAGCAGGACAACUGGGCUGCCAAGGAGAAGGCGUUGGAGGACAAGGUCGAGAACCAGGAUCGUCUUUUGAACGAGAUCAAGGCCAGCUAUGAAGUCAACCAGCGGUUGGGCAAGGGCGAUGGAGAGGAGGGUCAAGGGGGCCAUGUCACGAGCGCAGAGCUGGAGAUGGUGCACUCGGAUUUGGAGCGCACCAGCGCACGGCUUGCCGAGGUUGAGGCUCGCAACGAGCAGAUGAGGCUGGAGCUGGCUCAAGCCAAGUCACAGGUUCCUACACAAGCUGCAAUUUCAUUGGAAGACGACCCCGGGUAUAUGAGGAUGAGAUCAGAGAAUUCAUCACUUAUUCGAAAGCUGGAGGCGGCGCGCGUGGAUAAGGAAGGGCUCAAGCGAGGUCUCGAUACUAAACUGCGCGCUUUGGAGCGUGAAGUUGGCUUACUCAAAGAAGAGCGAGACAGUUUGAAGGCCAAGGUGCAAAAAUGGAGUGAUUAUGACGAAGUAAAGCAAGAGCUGGAAGUGCUGAAGAGCAUCGAGUUUGCCACUGGCGAUGAUGACGAAGUACGAGACAUGUCCACAGACCAGAGCGGCGGACAAGGCAAAGGCACCCUUGAGCAGCUCCUUCUUGCGCGCAACAAGAAGCUGAGCGACGAACUCACCAUUCUCCGAGUGUCACACCAAGACCUUCAAUCCAGGCUCCAAAACCUCCAAGAGGAGCUCUCCCGGACCAAUGCUGAGCUGGAGAAGUCCCAGAACCUCAACGAAAAGCUCGAAAACGAGCUCUCGACCAUCCAAGCCGAGGCACCCAACGCGUUUCCUUCAGGCGCUUCCGUAGCAGGGACCUACGUCAGCCGUUACGCACCUUCAAUGGCGCCAGGCCGAAGACCAGGCGGAGGCAAUGGGCGCACCUCCCCCACCUCCUCCAUCAUCAGCGGGUUCAACCCCGGCGGAGGCGGCUUUGAAGACAGACCCACGGGCGGCAGCAGCGGCGGUGGCAUCCUACCCAUGAUCACGGCCCAGCGUGACCGCUUCAAGAAGCGCAACGCCCAGCUCGAGCAAGAACUAAACGAAACCCACAAAACGGUCUCGCAGCUCCGUCAGGAAAUCGCCGCUCUGCAACGCGACAAUUUGAAUCUUUAUGAGAAAACCCGCUACGUAUCUACUUACAACCGUGCCGGGCCAGCGGUGGGGGCUUUGACGUCGUCGUCAUCGGCCUAUUCCAACCCGAACCCAAGUUCGGUGUCUAUCGGUGGAGGAGGAGGGGGCGCACAAAGCCCGGGGAUAGCGCUGGACCGGUACCGCAAGGCGUACGAGUCUAAUAUCUCUCCGUUUGCGGCGUUUAGGGGGAGGGAGUCGGCGAGGGCGUAUAGGGGGUUGAGUUUCCCCGAGAGGGUGGUGUAUUCGGUCACGAGGAUGGUGCUGGCCACGAGGGCGAGCAGGAAUUUGUUUGCGGUUUAUUGUGUUGUUUUGCAUAUGAUGGUGUUUUAUAGCUUGUUUUGGAUGGGGACGGGGGAUGUGGAUAGGCGGGUUGUUGCGGCGGCGGCGGUGGAGGUUGCGAGGAAUUUGGGGGGUGCGGCGGAGGAUGUUGGGGAUGGAGGAGGAGGGGGGAGUGGAGGGGGGACGGGGAGUUUGUCGGAACAGGGGUUUCAGACCUGA